UGCCACUCUGAAUCGUUAUUGAAUCCGAAACGGACGUAUUGCGCGCGUGAGAAAUUUCACACGAAACGUAUAUUCCGCAAGGCGACCAUACUCACCAAAUUAAUUAGAGUAUUCGGAUUAGAACGAUAUGGUCCAAUUUGACCAGGAUAAAUCGACACAAUGUGCCGUUUAUGAUCAAACACCAGAUUCAGAGCAAAAAAAGAUCAAUAUUGUUGUACGUCCCGCCCAUACUGUUGCAAAAGUGAUUAGCGAUAUUAAAACACAAUAUCGUUACGAUAGUUUUGAACUAGUCCUACAACCGAUAGCAGCCGAUAAAGAUUUGGUUUAUUUAAAUGACCGUAAAACGGAAUUAAUUUAUGAGGUGGAAGGUUUUGAACCAAAUGAAAAAAAUAAUCUAAUACUCAUACCCCAAGGUAAAUGGAAUGGUGAUAUCAAGGAACGUUAUGAACUUGGAAAAACCAUAAAAAAGCCCUUGACAAAUGGUAUUUGUAAACAAACAAAAAAGAGUUCGCCAUCAAAAACUGUGGUCAAAGAACAAAAACAACAAGAAGAAGAACAACAACAACAAGAUUCUGUAGACACAGUAGAUUUUGUUAGAACUACAACAACAUCAAGUGAAAUAUCUUCCCACAUUGAAGAACAAACAAAUUACACAAUUGGCAAACAACAACGCCAACAAAGUUUAGAAUCAAAAAUAACAACUACAAUAUUACCAAAUUCUGAAAGCACAACAUUGUCAAGGGAAACUUCUGCUCACAUAGAGGAAGAACAGGUGAAUUAUAAAAUUGCCAAACAACAAACACUGGAAUCGGAGACUAUCAAUACUCCAUUGGUCAAUUCUGAAAGGGUAACAGAAAAACAAACAAUAAGGGAGGAACUUACUCUAAACACCUCAAUUCCAAACACCAACACCACAACAACAACAUCUAAUGAAACACAAAUCACAACAAAUUCUCCCGUAAUAUCCGAAGAAGUUAUACGUUUCAGUAACACCAGCAUAACAACAUCAAUAAUUCAAGAAUCCUCGGAGGAAAGCUAUAAAUCGAUUGAAGAAAAAACAACAACCAUUGAAAUGUCGACGGAUUGUGGUAAGCCCUUGGCAGGGGCGGAACUAACAACGGAAACAGUUACAGUUGCUGCUCCUAAAGUUCUCAAAAAAAGUUCACCAUCAAAAACUAAAAAAUCUACUGAAACCACAGAGGAUGGUGGUGCCACUACCACAGUUGUUGUGGUUAAGAAAACAACGAAAGUUAAAAAAUCCGAAGAAACGAAUGGAGAUGGAACAACAACAAAAACUACGGUUAAAAAGAAGUCACCAUCAAAAUCAAAGGCAGCGUUGGCAGAAGCUGGUGCCACGGGGACAACGGUUGUUAAAAAGAUAAUCAAGGUCAAAAAGACAAGUUCACCAACAAAAACCAGCAAAACAAAUACUACGGAAUCGACAUCUGAAUCGACUACCACAACAACAACAACGACUUCAUCUACUACACCCACAACUGAGGAGUCGCAAGUAGUAACAACAACGGUACCAAAGCCACCUCCCAUACCACCACCACCGCCUCCACCAGCCACACCAUUAUCCCCAGCCCAAACGGUUCCUGUCAAAACCAAAACCGUUAUAAAGAAAAAGAUUGUGAAAAAAGUCAAUGCCAUCGAACGCAAGGAAAAUGUCGAACAAGAUAAUACGGUCAGUACAACCGAUAGCAAAGAAUCCCCAGCUGAAAACUCAAAUGGCGCCGAAGAUCACGACACUGGGCUAUCACCACCCUCGUCAAUGACCACCGUUACAAAUGCCACUAAUUCGGAUUCAUUAAAUUUGAGUCCCAUGUCUGAACCAGAUCCCUUAUCCGAUGAUGAUUUAGCUUUAGGUGCCUCAGCCAGUCCCACAGAAACCGAACCAAUGCAAUGUAGUGGUGAUCUGUCAUUGGAUGCUACAGCCACUGCGGGGUCCACAUCAAAUUACAAAAUGAAUUUCAACAAUGACAGUGCGGCUGUGCCAUUUAAAUUACGACCACCCAUGGAGGCAUUUACUGCCAUUGCACCGCCCACCAAUAAUGGCUAUGUUGGUUUGGUAAAUCAAGCGAUGACGUGUUAUUUAAAUUCACUGUUGCAAGCUCUGUACAUGACCCCGGAAUUUCGUAAUGCUUUAUAUCGCUGGGAGUUCGAUAAUGACAAUGAGGCCAGUAAUAUACCCUAUCAAUUGCAAAAAUUGUUUCUAAAUUUACAAACAUCGAAAAAAUCUGCAGUGGAGACAAAUGAUUUGACCCACAGCUUCGGUUGGACUUCAUCCGAUGCCUGGCAACAACAUGACAUACAAGAAUUAUGCCGUGUCAUGUUCGAUGCAUUGGAACAUCGUUUCAAAAAUACCAAACAAGCCAAUCUUAUUUCAAAUUUAUAUGAGGGCAAAAUGAUUGACUACGUCAAGUGUCUCGAAUGUAAUACGGAAAAGACGCGAGCCGACACCUUUUUGGAUAUUCCACUGCCCGUAAAGCCAUUUGGUAGUCAAGUGGCCUAUGGCAGUAUUGAAGAGGCCUUAAGUGCUUUUGUCCAGCCCGAAACAUUGGAUGGCAAUAAUCAAUAUUUCUGUGAGAAGUGUAACAAGAAAUGUGAUGCCCACAAGGGUUUGAAAUUUAAAAAUUUCCCCUAUAUUUUGACUUUGCAUUUGAAACGUUUUGAUUUUGAUUAUACAACCAUGUUUCGCAUUAAACUAAAUGACAAAGUUACUUUCCCGCAAAUUUUAAAUCUCAAUGGUUUUAUUGAGUCCACGAAUGAAACAACGCCAACGACCGAAGCUGCCACACCUAAUUCAAAUGGUGUCGAUGAUUGUAGCACCACAGACAGUGGCUCAGCCAUGGACAUGGAAGAUAAUUGGAGUAGCGGUGUGGUGACCACGGCCAGUUCAAUAACCCAAAACGAAACGGAUAUCAAUGAAGACGAUUUGGAUGAUGGCAUCGAUAUGCACUCCAAUACGGAAAAUAAUCGUAAUCGUGUCAAUAGCGAGCAAAAUAUUAAACAGCAUUUGAGUGGACCAUUUACCUAUGAAUUAUUUGCGAUAAUGAUACAUUCGGGUAGUGCAUCGGGUGGUCAUUAUUAUGCAUACAUUAAGGAAUUUGACAAUAAUGAAUGGUAUUGUUUUAAUGAUCAAACUGUAUCACCGAUUACCCAAGAAGAUAUACAAAAAUCAUUUGGUGGUGGCAUUGGUAAAGCCUAUUAUUCCAGUGUGUACAGCUCAAGUACCAAUGCGUACAUGUUAAUGUAUCGACAAAUCGAUGAGAAACGCAAUGAAAAAUCUAUGAAAGCCGAUGAAUUCCCCGAACACAUUAAAAAACACUUGGAAAAGCUAAAGGAGGAGGAAGAAAAUCGUGUUACACGCGGCAGCUAUCGCCAUCGUCCCAUCACCGAUCUGCCAUUAAAUGAACAAAUCAAACCCCGCGUCUAUUUCUAUAAUCCACAAUUGAAAAAAUUGAAAAUGACCCGCGUUUAUGCUUCACAAAAUCUCGACCUAAAUGCUGUCCUAGAAUCGGCCUAUAGCAUGUUGUCGGUGCAAGAUUUUGCACCCAAAACUCAUUGUCGUCUUGUCGGCUAUGAUCCACCGGCAGAGAAAAUUAUACGUUCCUUUGAGAAUGAUAAGAACCUGUCGCUGACCGAGAUUCGGGCAAAUAGUGAAGAUCCAGUGGAAUUCCUAUUGGAAUAUCGUACCGGUGAUCAGCAGUUUGAAAUUUAUGAACCGGGUGGUACGACAUGGUACGUUUUUGUUGUCAAAUUGAAUACCAUGGAAAUGGAUGGUCCCUUCUUUGUGUACUCAAAUACAUUUGAGAAUAACGAGGUGCUGCGACAUUCAAUAGCGGUGCGUUUAAAUCUUAAAGAGGAGGAAAUAAUGGUGGCCACCACCCAACGUUACAAGAAGGCAUUUGUUAGCUGUGACAUUGCACCCUCAAAGGAAGCCCAACAGCGCUUGGAAGACCUGGCCCGUUCGCAAUUCAAAGAUGUUACCUAUAUGUAUGUAAAUGUGCCGAAUACAGAUCCCUCAAAUUUGGAAAUUGUUGGUAUACCAACAGAAGAGUUGGUGGCCGAAGAAAUCCCGUCCAAUGGCAUUGAUUGCAGCAAUAAGCUGUCGAAUGGUUUCCAUCACGAAUCCAAUUCCGAGGACAGCAGUUUAAGUGAUGGUGAUCGCACCCUAGUCGAAAAUUUACAUCAACGUAGUAGCAGUAGUGUCGGUGGUGGCGAUAGUCAAAUAUCUAGUACUAGUCACUCUCCUCAACUAUCAAGUCCCGAAGAUGAAAACAAUCACGAGUCGCUUAAUCGCAUCAAUGCCUACUACAAUAGCUUUUCACACAGUGGCGGUGACAAUUGUGAUGCAGAUGCUCCAUCAGCAGCAUCACAACCAUCACGAUUUUUCCAUGCCAUUAAAUUGGAUGUUUUGGACACGGUGACCGUUUCCACCAAACAUCAGUAUUCCGAUUCAACAGAUGGUGCUGAUGAGACGGCACGUAAACCCGUUGUCUCCUACAAGAUUUUGGUAGAUUCACACAUGAAGUUAAGCAAAUUUAAAGAACAUCUAGCCCAUUUAAUUAAAGUUCCAGAAAACUAUUUUGAGAUCAAUCGAAAACACGACAAGAGUUUGAAAAGUCUUAUGAAUCAAUCGCUGGUCUAUUUCAGUGAGGGUGAAACCUUGUCUGUGGAAUUGGGCAAAGAAUUGCAGGAGGGUGAACACAAAGCCAAAAUCUAUUUUAUGCGUCUGUCCGAUCUGACCAAUGAUACAGCCCGACUGCCAUGUGUAUGUGAAUGGAUAUACACGGACUCAAUGAAAGUGCCGGCAGCCAAGGCGGCACUGAUAAACAAAUUGCAACGCAUUGAUCCCGUCAAAUACAAGACAUUAAAUAUGAGCAAUUGUCGUUUGUGGCUAAAGGGUGGACGUAGUCCCAUAAAUAUAUUUUCCGAUGAUGAUACGAUCGGCUGUGAAAUAAGGUCAUCCUCAGCGAUUGAAUUUUUCGUACAAGAAUGCGAGGAUGGCGUCCAACCACAGGUUUCUAAUACCAGUCUAACGAUAUUUGUACGUCAUUGGCAUCCGGAUACCUUGAAAUUAGAUAAAUUCCAAGAAAUUACUUUAGAGAAGGACAGUGAAAUACGCAGUGCUUUAUCCAAACUUUCAAAUAUACCUGCAGAUAAUAUUGCAUACACAAAGGUAAAUGGACAUUUUCCAUACACAAAUGUGUCUCUGCUCACCAUCAACAGUGCAAUGAGCUGGUUUGCCAUACCAGCUACCUUGGAAAAUUAUCCAUUAUCCAGUACGGUUAGUGGUAAUUUGUAUUUCUACAAAGAUUCAACGGUUGAACCCAAGGAACUAACACCCGAAGAGCGAAGGGAAAUGAAUGCCAAGGAAAAAAUACGAUUGGAUAAUUUGGGAUGUGUUUCAUCGUCAACGUCACGCUAUUCUCGUCGUCAGGAACGUGCUUUAAAAAUUUACUUGGACAGUCCAACAACAACCGCCUCUCCACCCGUUGAUGCCAACAGUUCAAUGGCUGAUGAUAUUUAA